UAGUUUUCUAGAAAAUAGAAUGAUCAAUUGUAUAAACAAUGAGAAAUAUACAGAAGGAUUUGAAUAGCUGUAGUAGGUUCAAGUGUUAUUAUAUAUAUCAAAUGUUCAAGAACAGGUAAUGUACACUCAUAAAGUAGGGAGAAGCCCGCACGAUCAAGUUCUUCAUCAUCAUGUCUAUGGUUCUUUAAUGUUCUGCUAUGCAGACACAGAUUAGAUAUAUCUGAUACACUAGUUCACUGUCUGAACUGAGUUCUUGGGAUUGUUCCGUGGCUGAAAUGUUGAAAAUCGAAGAGCAAGAGGUGAAAGAAGAGAAAGACUCGAGCUUGGAUGGAAGUAAAGCAAAAGAGGACGAGAAAUCGAAAACAGUUCCGAUUCUGAAGCUGUUUUCUUUUGCUGAUUCAACUGAUGUAUUAUUGAUGAUUGCUGGAACUAUCGGUGCAUUCGGAAAUGGAGCUUGUAUGCCUAUAUCUUCAUUGCUUUUAGGAGAAAUGAUUGAUUCCUUUGGAAUCAACCAGAGCAAUAAAGAUAUAGCUCAUAUAAUUUCCAAGGUCGCUUUAAAAUAUGUCUACUUGGCAAUUGGAGCUGCAGCAGCAUCCUUACUUCAGGUAUCGUGUUGGAUGGUUACGGGGGAAAGACAGGCUGCAAGAAUAAGGAAUUAUUAUCUGAAAACUAUAUUAAGACAAGAUAUUGCUUUCUUCGAUAAGGAAACAAACGCCGGAGAGGUUGUUGGUAGAAUGUCUGGUGAUACUGUUCUUAUUCAAGAUGCAAUGGGCGAAAAGGUUGGAAAGUUUUUGCAAUUAGUGGCCACUUUUUUAGGGGGAUUUAUAAUAGCAUUUUUGAAAGGGUGGAUGCUUGCCCUUGUGAUGUUAUCUGUUAUUCCCCUGCUAGUAAUAGCUGGUGCAAUUUCUUCCAUUUUGAUAUCAAAGAUCGCAACUCGUGGACAAAAUGCUUACACGGAAGCAGCUGCUGUAGUAGAGCAAACGAUUGGCUCAAUUAGAACGGUUGCAUCAUUUACUGGAGAGAAACGAGCUAUUAGUGUUUACAACGGACAUCUUCAGACUUCUUAUACAUCAGGUGUGCACGAAGGUAUUGCUGCUGGAGUCGGUAUUGGCGUAGUUUUUCUAGUUUUGUUCAGUAGCUAUGGCUUGGCUGUAUGGUUUGGUGGGAAGAUGAUACUAGAGAAAGGAUAUACUGGAGGGGAAGUGAUUAAUGUUAUUGUUGCUAUAUUGGUCGGUUCAACGUCAUUGGGACAGGCAUCGCCUUGUGUUAGUGCUUUUGCGGCAGGACAAGCUGCAGCGUAUAAAAUGUUCGAGACGAUAAACAGGAAGCCAGAGAUUGAUGCUUGUGAUACAAGUGGAAGAGUAUUGGACGACCUCCACGGAGAUAUAGAGUUGAAAGAUGUAUAUUUCAGUUAUCCAGCAAGACCAGAUGAGGAUAUAUUUAGCGGUUUCUCUCUUUCCAUCCCGAGUGGCUGCACUGCAGCUUUGGUUGGGCAUAGUGGAAGUGGGAAAUCAACAGUUAUCAGUCUGAUAGAGAGAUUUUAUGAUCCAAGAUCAGGAGAAGUUCUCAUUGAUGGAAUUAAUCUCAAUGAAUUUCAGCUUAAAUGGAUUAGAAACAAAAUUGGCCUCGUUAGCCAGGAACCUGCGUUGUUUACGUCUAGUAUCAGGGACAAUAUUGCAUAUGGGAAGGAUGGUGCAACCAUUGAGGAGAUAAAAGUUGCAGCUGAACUUGCCAAUGCUGCAAAGUUCAUUGAUAAAUUACCUCAGGGCCUUGACACUAUGGUUGGUGAGCGGGGAACUCAACUUUCUGGCGGGCAGAAGCAGAGAAUUGCAAUUGCAAGAGCAAUCUUGAAGAACCCUCGGAUUUUACUUUUGGAUGAAGCCACAAGUGCACUUGAUGCAGAGUCUGAGCGAGUAGUGCAAGAGGCACUGGACAGGAUCAUGGUCAACCGAACUACUGUUAUUGUUGCCCAUCGUUUGACCACUGUCAGGAAUGCUGAUAUGAUUGCUGUUCUUCAUCAAGGGAAGAUGGUCGAAAAAGGCACACAUUUUCAACUACUUAAGGAUCCUGGUGGAGCAUACUCUCAGCUUAUACACUUACAGGAAGUGAAUAAAGAAUCAGAACAAGAAGCAAGUGAACACAACAGAUCAGAAAUUUCUGUCGAGUUAUAUAGACAAUCAAGUCAAAGAAGGUCACUGCCCCGCUCCAUAAGUAGGGGAUCAUCAAGAAAUAGCAGUCAUCACGAGAUACUAUCAGCUCCAUUUGGUUUGCCUACAGAACACAGAGGCCCUGACAAUGCAUUGGAAGAUCUAGAAACUUUUCCUUCAAAUGAACAAACUCCAGAGGUUUCAAUCCGCCGCCUUGCCUAUCUUAAUAAACCAGAGAUUCCAGCUCUUAUAGUUGGCACUAUUGCUGCAUGUAUCAAUGGCGCAAUACUUCCGAUUUAUGGUGUCCUCAUCUCCAAAGCAAUCAAAACAUUUUUUGAGGCGCCUCAUGAACUGAGAAAAGACUCCAAGUUUUGGGCAGUAAUGUUUACGACCCUUGGUCUGGUAUCGUUGGUGGUAAAUCCAUUGAGAGCAUACUUUUUUGCUGUGGCUGGAUCUAAGCUAAUUCAAAGGAUUAGGUCACUUUGUUUUGAGAAGGUGGUUUGUACGGAAAUUGGAUGGUUUGAUAACCCAGUCCACUCAAGUGGGGCUAUCGGUGCUAGGCUUUCAGCAGACGCCGCAGCAGUGCGAGCUUUAGUUGGAGAUGCAUUAUCUCAGUUGGUUCAAAGCAUUGCAACAGCAUUAGCAGCUUUGGUCAUUGCCUUUACUGCAAGUUGGCAGCUAGCAUUUGUUAUACUUGCACUAAUCCCUCUGAUAGGUGCCAAUAGUUUGCUGCAGAUAAAGUCUAUUAAAGGAUUCAGUGAAGAUGCAAAGAUGAAGUAUGAGGAAGCGAGCCAAGUUGCUAAUGAUGCAGUUGGAAGUAUAAGAACAGUUGCUUCCUUCUGCUCUGAAGAUAAAGUUAUGCAACUGUAUGAAAAGAAAUGUGAAGCUCCCAAGAGGACAGGAGUAAGGCUAGGAUUGGUAAGCGGCGUAGGAUUUGGAAUUUCGUCCUUAUUUUUAUACUGUUUCUAUGCUAUUAGUUUCUAUGCUGGAGCUCGACUACUUGAGGGUGGCUAUACAACAUUUUCAGAUGUUUUUCAAGUUAUGUUAGCUUUGAUUAUGGCAGCAAUUGGAAUUUCCCAAACGAGUUCGUUGGGUGCUGAUACCGCAAAAGCCAAGGCUGCAACUGCUUCUGUAUUUGGAAUAAUAGACCAAAAGUCGAUUAUUGACCCGAGUGAUGAGUCAGGUACAACAUUAGAAACUGUUAGGGGAGACAUUGAGAUGCAUCAUUUAAGCUUUAAAUAUCCAUCCAGACCGGAUAUCCAAAUUUUCCAGGACCUCAGUUUAGCUAUUCGUUCGGGCAAGACUGUUGCCCUGGUUGGAGAAAGUGGUUCUGGUAAAUCCACAGUGAUAGCAUUGCUGCAAAGAUUUUAUGAUCCAAAUUCGGGUCAUAUUACACUUGAUGGAGUCGAAAUCAAAAACCUCCAGCUGAGUUGGUUAAGGCAGCAAAUGGGACUUGUCAGCCAAGAGCCUUCUUUAUUCAACGACACAAUCCGAACCAACAUUGCUUACGGAAAGGAAGAAAACGCAACUGAGGCAGAAAUUAUAGCUGCAACAGAGCUAGCCAAUGCCCACAAUUUCAUCAGCAGUUUACAACAGGGUUAUGAUACAAUUGUAGGGGAACGAGGAAUUCAACUGUCAGGAGGACAGAAGCAAAGGGUAGCUAUAGCUCGAGCCAUAGUCAAGAGUCCUAAAAUAUUACUACUAGAUGAGGCAACAAGUGCAUUAGAUGCUGAAUCCGAAAGGGCGGUUCAAGACGCAUUAGACCGAGUCAUGGUGGACAGGACUACUGUCGUUGUAGCUCAUCGAUUAUCGACGAUAAAGAAUGCAAAUGUUAUUGCAGUAGUCAAGAAUGGAACAAUUGUGGAGAAGGGAAAACAUGAGACAUUAAUCAACAUUAAGGAUGGUUUUUAUGCCUCCUUAGUUGCACUUCAUAUGACUACUAAAACUGCAUAACACUCACUCAUUUAAAUGUUUAUUUAUACAUAAUUGUGAUUACAGAGUUUCUGCAGUAUCUUUUACUAAAGAAUAAAUAAUAUAAGUGUAUAAAUAUGAAUAUUUUGUCUAGAUUGGAUUUUUUCUAGAUCUCUCAGUAAAAGUCAAUUAUAUUUGAGUAGUGGAA